ACAAUUGAUGUUGAAGCUGUUGAAGGUAGAAUGGUGUCAUUAUCCUGUCCAAUAGCAGCACCUUUAGAUGAUGUUUAUAUGGUUUUAUGGUUUAGAGAUAAUGCUGGUAUACCAUUAUAUAGUUUUGAUGUUCGUGACAAAUCAAAGCCAGAUUCAUUACAACAUUGGUCUGCUCCCGAUGCAUUUGGACCCAGAGCUCAUUUCAAUUUUAAUUCAUCACCAGCAUCAUUAGAUAUUAAGGAUAUCAAACGUCACGACCAAGGAAUUUAUAGAUGCCGUGUUGAUUUUCGAACAAGCCAAACACAAAGUUUUCGAUACAAUUUAUCAGUUAUAAUUCUACCAGAACAGCCAAUCAUAUUAGAUCGAUGGGGACGUCAAUUGAAUGGUACAAUGUUAGGACCAAAACAAGAAGGCGAUGAUAUUGUUAUUACCUGUCGAGUUGUUGGAGGUCGACCCCAACCUCAAGUAAGAUGGUUAGUUAAUGGCCUUUUAGUUGAUAAUCAAUAUGAACAUAAUUCUGGUGAUGUUAUUGAAAAUCGUUUAUUAUGGCCAUCAGUACAACGUACAGAUCUUCAGUCAGUAUUUACAUGUCAAGCAAUCAAUACACUAUUAGUGAAACCAAAAGAGAAAAGUUUUAUUCUUGAUAUGCAUUUAAAACCUUUAACAGUUAAAAUAAUUGAUCCACCUGUAUCAAUGGUAGCUGAUCGUCGUUAUGAAGUUAUUUGUGAAAGUUCCGGCAGUCGACCCAAUGCUAUUAUAACAUGGUAUAAAGGAAAACGUCAAUUAAGAAGAACAAGAGAUGAAAUUCUAAAUAAUAAUGUCAGCCGUUCUGAAUUAAGUUUUGUGCCAACAACAGAUGAUGAUGGUAAAUCAAUAACAUGUCGUUCAGAGAAUCCAAAUGUCACCGGAUUAUUUUUGGAAACCCUAUGGAAAUUAAAUGUUGUUUAUCCACCAUUGGUCACAUUAAGAUUAGGUUCAACAUUAUCACCGGUCGAUAUAAAAGAGGGUGACGAUGUUUAUUUUGAAUGUCACGUCCAAUCGAAUCCCCAAUGGAGGAAAUUGUUAUGGUUACAUAAUGGAAUUCAUCUGGAACAUAAUACUUCUGCUCGUGUUAUUCGUUCAAAUCAAAGUUUAGUAUUGCAGGCUAUAACAAGACAUAAUGCUGGUAAUUAUGCUUGCAGUGCUAUCAAUGAUGAAGGCGAAACAGUUAGUAAUCAUUUGCCGUUAAGAGUUAAAUAUGCCCCGAUAUGUAAACAUAUGGAUCGUGUUAUAUUAAUUGGAGCUUCAAAAGAUGAAACUGUGGAAGUUUCUUGUGAAAUUCAAGCAGAUCCACCACCAAGGAGUUUCCGAUGGAAAUUUAAUAAUUCUGGUGAAACAUUAGAUGUUGGGAGUGAAAGAUUUAGUACAAAUGGCAGUCGUAGUAUAUUAAAAUAUACACCAGUUACAGAUCAGGACUAUGGAACAUUAUCAUGUUGGGCUAUUAAUGAAGUUGGUACACAACGUCAACCUUGCAUGUUUCAAGUUGUUUUAGCUGGACUACCAAGUAUUGUCAAUAAUUGUACGGUAUACAAUAAAACUGAUUUAAGUGUUGAAAUUCAAUGUAUACCAGGUUAUGAUGGUGGAUUACCACAAAUAUUUGUUCUUGAAAUGGUGUCAAUCAAAACUGGUAUAACAAGAUUUAAUUUAACAAAUCCAGAUGAACCACAAUUUCUAUUAGAUAAUUUGGAUACAUUAACAACAAUGAUGACAAGUGAAAAUAAUUCACUUAAGGUACGAAUAUAUGCUGUCAAUCAAAAAGGACGAAGUCUUGGAUAUCAAAUAAAUGAUUUUAUAAUCGGUUCAACAACACACAAGACAGAAGAUGACAACUCAUUUGGUUUAUCACCGAUUUUAGUUGGAAUCGUUUUAACAAUUAUUGUCAUUAGUUUAGCAGUAGCACUUCGUAUAUUUAUCGUGACAUUUCUUCAAAAUUUAAGAAGAAAUCGCGAAAUGCAAGGAACCAAAUGUGCACCUGGAAGUUCAGUAACACAAACAGUUAAAAAUGAUUCGUUUAAGAGUGGCAAUUUAGAUAAGCCAAGAUGGCAACAUACUGACAUUAAAACAAAAUCUGUAGCUGAUGAAAUAGUUGAAGAUGAAAGGGAUCCAGAUGUUAUACCACAAUAUGUUGGGGCUGGAAUUACAUCAACAUCAUCAACUGAACAUCAUUAUACACCGCCACCAUUAACAAAAUGGUCUCCUAAUAAUCCGAAUCAUGCAAUUUUUGAUACUGUUCUACAAGCUAAUGUUAUGAACAGUAAUACAACUACAAUUCCUCAUGCAUAUAGUCAACUUAAUCAAAGAGGUGGUGUUAAUGCUAAUGUAAGUGGUGUCGGUGUUGGUGUUGGUCCAAUGCCAAUUUUAAAUGGAACAUUACCAUCAUCACGUAAUUCUAUGCAUAAUAUGGGUAUUAUAUCACCAAAUAGUAAUAGUAAUUUAAGUAUUACUUGUGGUAUUAGUGGUGGUGGUGUUAUUGGCGGUAGCGGGAAUAUUAAUAAUACGACAAGUGGUAUAACAACAAAUGUUAUACAAAAUGCAUUAGCUGCAACAACAGGUGGUUUAACUGGAAGUGGUAGCUCUAAUUUAAUACAUACUGGUACCAUAAGUUCCAAUAUGAAUCCUCAUCAUAGAACAACAAUAACAACUGGUGUAGGUGGUAGCGGUGGUAGUGGUGGCGGUGGAAAUAGUGGAAUUAUUAGUAGUAGCGGUGGUAGUGGUGGUGGUACAUUAGGUCGUUUAUUACCAACAAUACAACAACAUUCAAAUAGCGGUAAUUAUAUUACAACAACAACAACAAAUUCUACAUUAAACAAUACAAUAAAUAAUUUAAAUAAUAAUAAUGGAUCAUUGAAUGAUCUCGAAGAUAAUAUUAAUAUAAAUGCUAUUAAAGAUUGUUUAAUGACACAACGAGUACCAGAGAGUUGUGUUUGAGUUUUUGAAAGAUUUGUUUAGAUAAUAUUAUUAUAAUAAUAUGUAGCUAUAAAUAUAGCUUUUUUUUUAUACAAAAACACAUACACGCAUAUAUAUAUAUAUAUAUAUUUACAUAAAUAAAUUAAUUAUAAUUUUCCAUUUGAUAGUUGGUAUUCAAAUAUUGUGCAGUUUAUCCUUGAAAAUUGUUUUAUAUUACCGGUUAAAGUUUUCGAAUUUAUCAAUUACUAACAAAGCUCUUAUCGAAUUAAAUGUUUUCUAUUUUUUAUAGAUUUUUAUAUCUCAUUAAUUGAAAUUUCAAAAAAUUUUUACAACUAAAUCGAAAAUCAACGCAUACCUGAGAAGGCGAUUCAACAAGAACUAAUACUUAAUUAAAUUGGAUCAAAAUUUGUGACAUAUUAUUUUCGAAUUUCUUCAUUACAAGAAACCAACUAUCAAUUUAAAUAAAUCAAAGAAAACUAUCCAAUAAGAGAGAUCAGUUUUCACUUUCCAAUUUUAGAGUGACCAUUUUAUAUAAAGACAUAAACUUUUGGCUUUUCUCUCUUCCUGAAAUAUAAUCCUUUUAAGUUGACAUAUCUAUAUCAAA